AGAGGGAAGGGGUGGGGGCGAGAGGUAAAUAGUCUUAAAUCGGAAGGGAGCUGCUUCUCUGUGGUCUUGACAAGCGCUGCCUGGGCUCCGCCGGCUCAGUAAUAACUGAGUGACCUUUUCUUUGGCUGUAUUAUGUCUGGCUGGGAAGGGAUUGCAUUUUGCAGCUGAGAGCCGGGGCUUCCUUCAGCUCGGCUCCUCGCGUGCUGCUGGGGUAAGUUGUCUUGAGCCAGGACGCCAGGACGGCGAGAGACAGCCUCGGACUGCAGUUGCCUAAAAGGAGGACACCUGUGGCUCAGAUGCGGUCAACACCAUUACUUGGCGGAUCCUUGAGGACCUCAUUAUUUUAAACUUAAAAAAAUAGAGAUUCCCUCCCCCUCUUUUUUUUUUUUUCAAACAAUGCUUCUUUUUGACCUUUCCCAAGGAGAAGAGCUACAAAGCAGCCACUGUGCUUUCUGAACGGCCUCCCCCUGUAUCGCUUAAUUGAGAAGGUAUACAAAUGCUCUCAGUCCAGCCAGACACCAAGCCGAAAGGUUGUGCUGGCUGCAACCGAAAGAUCAAGGAUCGGUAUCUUCUAAAGGCACUGGACAAAUACUGGCAUGAAGACUGCCUGAAGUGUGCCUGCUGUGACUGUCGUUUGGGAGAGGUGGGCUCCACCCUGUACACUAAAGCUAAUCUUAUCCUUUGUCGCAGAGACUAUCUGAGGCUCUUCGGUGUGACGGGGAACUGCGCUGCCUGCAGUAAGCUCAUCCCUGCCUUUGAGAUGGUGAUGCGUGCCAAGGACAAUGUGUACCACCUGGACUGCUUUGCGUGUCAGCUUUGUAACCAGAGGUUUUGUGUUGGAGACAAAUUUUUCCUAAAGAAUAACAUGAUCCUUUGCCAGACGGACUACGAGGAAGGUUUAAUGAAAGAAGGUUAUGCACCCCAGGUUCGCUGAUCUAUCAACAUCGCCCCAUUAAGAAUACAAAGCACUACAUUCUUUUAUCUUUUUUGCUCCACAUGUAUAUAAGAAUUGACACAGGAACCUACUGAAUAGCGUAGAUAUAGGAAAGCAGGAUGGUUAUAUGGAAUAAAAGGCGGACUGCAUCUGUAUGUAGUGAAAUUGCCCCAGUUCAGAGUUGAAUGUUUAUUAUUAAAGAAAAAAGUAAUGUACAUAUUGCUGGAUUUUUUUGCUUGCUAUUCGUUUUUGUGUCACUUGGCAUGAGAUGUUUAUUUUGGACUAUUGUAUAUAAUGUAUUGUAAUAUUUGAAGCACAAAUGUAAUACAGUUUUAUUGUGUUACCAUUUGUGUUCUGUUUGCUUCUUUGUAUUGUUGCAUUUAGUACAAUCAGUGUUUAAACUUACUGUAUAUUUAUGCUUUCUGUAUCUACCAGCUAUUUUAAAUGAGCUGUAACUUUCUAGUAAAAAACUGAAGAGCAAAUCUCACAAAUGAUACACAUAUAGAUAAAGCAAGUCUAUCAACAUUAAAAAUACUAAAAAAUAAAGACACACACAAAGCAUUUUAGCAACAUCCACUAUUAUUGCCACUAUGAUUUAGAGUCUAUCAGUGUUCUCAUUAUAACCCCCUAUUUUCAGGGGGUUAAGAUCAGCUUUAAAAAAUGCAUAAAAAUUUCAUCUUAAAGCACUUUCAUUUUAUACCAACGUGAAAAGUGCCAUUUUUAGAAUAACUUUAAAGCUUAACAGUUAUCCUUUUAAUAUCCUUUGUGUGUGUGCGUGUGUGUGUUUGUGUGUGUGUGUGUGUGUAUGUGUGUGUGUGCUCUUUACCUAUAUAAUGGCUUUGUUUUUAUUGUUUAUUUUUUUCAGCCAUUCACCCCUUAUGUGAACUAGUGCCUUUGGGUAUCAUGUAAGUUUUUUCCAAAGGGUUACUUUAAAAAGUGUUACCACAAUUAUGAGAUAAUUUUAAAAUGAUAAAUUAAAUUUCUUAUAUAAAUUUUGCCCCGAUCUCUCCUUAAGAGCUAAGGGUUUAAUAACUAUGGCUUGAUAAAUUUCUGGCACUAAAAGGAUUUGAGUAUGAAUCUACUGAAACCAUACUAAUGCACACUGAAGCUAUGAUAUUUGAGUAGUGAGGUUACUUUUGAUCAGAGCAACAUAGAGCUCAUAGAAUCUUCUAGAAGAAACAAAGGGAUUGAUAAAAAGCUGAGAACUGGUGAUUAUAUAUUUUUCUGUAUUUACCUGCCACUUAUUUUAAUGUUUAAAAGUGAACACUUUCAAAGUUUGACAUGUCUUACUCUAUUGCUUUCUUUAAGUAAUUACCCACUCAGAAUACAUCCCAUUUAGGCUGAAAUUUGUCAUUCCAUUUUUUUUCAAGGUGAAAUAUUCUCUUACCUACAUGAUAGCUGAUAAAGAAGAAAAUUCUCUGACAUAAAUUAUGGAGACUGAUUAUUUAAAUUACAAUUUAAGAAAUUAAAAUGAGUCAAUAAUUCCCUUUUCUGGGUUGCUCACAUUUUGCUUCUGUUCCUUGUAAUAGAACUACUUUUCAACAGAUCUAAUUCCGUAUAGACACAAUGAAGCACAUUUUUACUAGAGCAAAUUUAGUGCUGUGGUUUUUCUUUUCUUUUUUCUUGAUCACUUGUACAGGAAACAAUAUUUCCCACUAUUUGCAUACAUAUGUUGUCCUGUCAAUAUAUAUGCAUUGCAGAUGAAUAUUAAAUGUGGUACCUAAAUUCUUGGUUUGGGGCCAAAAUAUUAAGCUGCAAAUAAUGCUGGUGUGAAUUUGAGUUGUUUUAAAACAAAGCUUUAUUAUGGACAUGCAUGUGAAUCUGCAUAUUGCCUCUCAUUUUUAAGAAAAUGAUUCUGUGAAAAGUGAAUGAUACGUAUUUUUACAAAUGCUUCAUGGUUAAGAGUGUUCAAGUCACGUGUCCCCCAAAUUUGAGAUACACUGAAAAAAGAAUUUCAAAAAUAGCUAUUUAGGGCCCAUAAGAUAACUAGUAUUUUAGCCUGAGAGCCUUACAUUGAUUUCAUGGAAAGACUUGCAUAGCCAAAACCAAAACCCAAACCAAAACAAAACAAAUGGGUCAGGGUAGGGGGGAGAUAGUGAGAAGUGGUUUUCAUAACACUGUUGCCCUGCUAUCCCCACUAAGAGUUGCUUGAGAUUCAUGUGGAUGUAUAAUUUUAAUUGUCAGUAUCUUUUUCAAAUGAUCUUCUAAAGGUUUAAAUGGUUUUUGCAUAUGUUAAGAUCAAUAUGUCAAAAUACCUGUAAACUGGGAACAAAAUGUUCAACUGUUCAAUUGUUCUUGCCACCCAAAGACUAAACAACGUUUUUACUGCCUUUUCUUUUGCUUAAUACUUCAAGAAUUGUUAUGCUUUUCCUACAAACAAAAUUACCCAGAUUAAAGAUUAAGGCCUUAAUCUCUUUAGAUUAUCUUUAAUCUCUAUGGAAAUUGUGAAACAAAACAGAGAAAGGCCAUUUUAUAGUUAAUUGCCCAUAAAUCGUAGCAUUUUUGACCUGAAGUACUAAGCUGUCUCGACUAUUCAAAGUCCCUGAAUUGUUGUCAAUUUCCCUCUUUGUGUUGUGCAGCCCUGAUGUCACUUAGCUUGUUAACGGAUGCCUCCAGUAGGACACCUCCAAUGGAGCUUUGAUUUCUCAAGCAGGGAGAGCUCCCUUCCUAACAUGCAUCUUAUAUAGGCUGCCUCUGAUGAAGGACCAGGCACCUUCCAGUCCACCAGAAUGCUGGCUGAGUUUAAAAGCUGACCUGUGUUUGUAAUUUCACUUUCAUCUUGCUUAAUAAAUAUCUGCUGGAUUCUUUCA